GUUUCCCAAAGGAGAAGGAAGAUGGAAGAGUCUGCAAACCAGUUGCAGCCACUGAGUGAGAGCCAAGUAGCCAACUCUGAGGGCGGAUACGUAUGGCAGGUCACAGACAUGAACCGACUGCACCGCUUCUUGUGUUUUGGUUCUGAAGGUGGCACCUACUAUAUCAAAGAACAGAAGCUAGGUCUUGAAAAUGCUGAAGCCUUAAUUAGAUUGAUUGAAGACGGCAGAGGAUGUGAAGUGAUACAGGAAAUCAAGUCAUUUAGUCAGGAAGGCAGAACUGCCAAACAAGAGCCAUUGCUGUUUGCCCUUGCCAUUUGUUCCCAGUGUUCAGACAUAAAGACAAAACAAGCAGCAUUUAAAGCUGUUCCUGAAGUUUGCCGCAUCCCAACCCAUCUCUUCACUUUUAUCCAGUUUAAGAAAGAUCUGAAGCAAAGCAUGAAAUGUGGUAUGUGGGGCCGUGCCCUCCGGAAGGCUGUUGCAGACUGGUAUAAUGAAAAAGGUGGCAUGGCCAUUGCCCUGGCAGUAACAAAGUAUAAGCAAAGAAAUGGCUGGUCUCACAAAGAUCUCUUAAGACUGUCACAUCUUAAACCUUCCAGUGAAGGCCUUGCUGUUGUAACCAAAUAUAUUACAAAGGGCUGGAAGGAAGUCCAUGAACUGUAUAGAGAAAAAGCACUUUCUGUGGAGACUGAAAAACUAUUGAAGUAUCUGGAGGCUGUGGAGAAAGUGAAGCGAACAAAAGAUGAGCUGGAAGUCAUUCAUCUAAUUGAAGAACACCAGUUAGUUAGGGAACAUCUGCUCACAAAUCACUUGAAGUCUAAAGAGGUAUGGAAGGCUUUGUUACAAGAAAUGCCCCUUACUGCACUACUGAGGAAUCUGGGAAAGAUGACUGCUAAUUCAGUGCUUGAACCAGGAAAUUCUGAAGUAUCUUUAGUAUGUGAAAAACUAUGCAAUGAAAAAUUGCUCAAAAAGGCUCGUAUACAUCCAUUUCAUGUUCUAAUUGCAUUAGAAACCUACAGAACAGGCCAUGGACUCAGAGGUAAACUGAAGUGGACUCCCGAUAAAGAAAUUUUGCAAGCAUUGGACACUGCUUUUUAUAAAACAUUUAAGACGGUUGAGCCGACUGGGAAGCGUUUCUUGCUAGCUGUUGAUGUCAGUGCUUCCAUGAACCAGAGGGUUUUGGGUAAUAUACUCAAUGCUAGUACUGUUGCUGCCGCAAUGUGCAUGGUGGUCACACGAACAGAAAAAGAGUCUUCAAUAGUUGCUUUUGCAUGUGAUAUGGUUCCGUUUCCUGUGACUACAGACAUGACCUUACAGCAGGUUUUAACAGCUAUGAAUAAAGUUCCAGCCGGUAGCACUGAUUGCUCUCUUCCAAUGAUCUGGGCCCAGAAGACGAACACAGCUGCUGAUGUCUUCAUUGUAUUCACUGAUAACGAGACCUAUGCUGGACAGGUGCAUCCUGCUGUUGCUCUGAGGGAGUACCGAAAGAAAAUGAAUAUUCCUGCUAAAUUGAUUGUUUGUGGGAUGACAUCAAAUGGUUUUACCAUCGCAGACCCAGAUGAUAGAGGCAUGUUGGAUAUGUGUGGUUUUGAUACUUCGGCUCUGGAUGUGAUUCGAAAUUUCACAUUGGAUGUCAUUUAACCAUAAGUACCAGAACGGCCUGAGGGGUCCACUGCUGCAGUGGACUUCACGAAAAUCCACAGCUACUUCCCAGCUAAAUGCAGUAGUAAAAAGCGUCGUCAGUGUGUGCAUGAUGGAAGCAGACUUUGCCAAGAGCAGGGAAAGAGGAAAGGAAGGAAAAGCAUGUUGAGCCAAAGGUGCAUGUACUCAGCUAGCUCUUGAGAAGUCUUCAGGAUGCUGUAGCUUUCUCAUAGAGAACUUCUUUUACUCGACACUGUAAAAUAGAAGUGUUUUACUCCGGUGAAUCACACAUUUCUACUCAAAGCAGGUGAGAUCUAAACGUGUAAGUAGCCUCACAUGUCACUUGUUUAAGAAGUGCUUGUUUUCUUAAAGGUUUUCAUCGGAACAAGGACAGUUUUUCAUAAUGUUCAAAUCCUCUGAAGUGCACUAGACCAUGUGACUGUGAUGGAAAUGAACCUCAUGAGGUAAAUUUUUAUACCAAGGGGUUUUUUAAAAAACAAAAACAAAAAACUAAAGACACUUGGUAAAACUAAAUUAUGAAUGAGUUUUACAAAUUCAGAGUUUUCUAAGAUCAUAUUAACAGCAGCUUUCUUAAUCAAUGAAAAAUGUGUUUUAUUUAUACUUGUUAAAAUCUACUACCAUUUGGCCAAAACAACAUGGGAAAUCCCUAAGGGACUUGUUGAGUUUGAGUAGACUGAGGAAUUUGCUUUGUAUUCUUGUAUUUACUGCCCCAAGUGAAGACAUACUUAGUGAUUCCCUCUGAGCAACAACAGUGUACAUGUACUUAAUGCUUUCCUGUUUUCAUAUUCAUAAUGAAAACAAAGUGUUUCGUAUAUUUAAGUCCCCCCUUUUAUAAUCCUGCUAGUAUAACAAUUAAAAUCUCAACUGUAAAAACAUAGUUUUUCCCAUACCCCUAAAAUACCUUUAACUAUUUUUUAUAUUUUUCUAAUAAUUAAGUUUAUCUGUGAUCUUUUAUAUUUUUGCCCCCUAUUCAUCUUGUGUCUAAUUUCUUCUUUAAUAGAAAUAUAGAAAGUAUAGAAGUAAUAAAGCAAGCUAGAUCCUUCAAGUUCAAAAGCAAUUUUUAGAGUACCCAACUAUCAACCAUGUUUUGUACAAAUUAAACUUCUUUUUCACCAUACUAACAUACAUUUUUUUUCUUGAGCAGUCACAUUAUUUCGUUGGGAGGUUUAGCAUGAAAAUGGCCUAUAGAAAGGCUAGUAGCUUUUCUCCUGAUUUUAUAAUGGUAUCUAAGGUAGUUUAUACUAAAACUUUAAUUUUUUAUAGAUUCCUUAAAUAUUAAAGGUUUACUGGGGGCUUAUAAAGCCUUCUCUCUUUAUAUGAAAGGUCAGAAACUAGAAAGUAUAGGUUGCAUAACCUUAUAUGUGUUUCGGGGGUGAAGUUUUUACCUGGGGAGGAAAGGGUCUUUGCUAUUGUGAAGAUUUAUAUACAUAUUUUCUUCUCUUUCCUAAGAAAAUAAGGCUGUGAGAAUAAAAAAAAAAAAAUGUUCCCUUCAGAUAGGUUUCAAGUAUUAAUAAGGUUUGGUAUGUAGCUAUUCUUUCAGGAAAAUAACAAUUUGGUGUUAUUAGCAAAGGUAGUGUCACCUCCCACUCCAAACACCAUUGCUUCUGCUGCUAUUCUGGCUUUAACCUCCAUCACGUGGAAUUUCACAUCUUUACUUCUGAUACACUAAUAUUUCAUAUUCAAAUUUAAUUUAAGGUUAAAAACCCUAAAAAUUACAUGAGAGCUAUUUAUUGACUUCAUUAAACCCAGGAUCUAAGUUUUAAUAUGAUCUAACUAAUUAUGAAAUGUUAUGUGGAGUGUUAUACAAAUGUUUAUUUCUUUUACUUCUGAGCUAUUUAGAUAGUACUUUUAAGCAAGCAGAAUAUAUCUAGGAGAGAAUAUUUAAUCCGUCAGGGAAAUCAGAUUAGAGGUGGCCCUUCAACAGUAUUUAAGUAGGCCUAAUUAAAUAGGUUAAGAUUGAGACAGAAACCAAGUGUGGUGGCACAAGCCUUAUUUCCUUCUCAAAUCACAAAGCUUCAGAGUGAAAAGAAACCUUAGAUGAUUUUUUUUUUUUUUUUUUUUGAGACAGGGACUCUCUGUGUAACAGCCUUGGCCGUCCUGAAACUCACUCUGUAGACCAGGCUGGCCUCAGACACAGAGAUUCUCCUGCCUCUGCCUCCAAAAUGCUGGGGUUAAAGGCAUGGGCCACCAUGCUUACCAUAAGGCUAGAUGGUUUUGGAGAGGGGUGGCCUAGAAGGCUUGGUCUCUCUAGUUACCAUUCUCACUUUUCCUUUCUCAUACAUAGGAGCAUGUUGAUUUAGUAAGAAGUAUGGUAGAAUUAUGCAAACUUUUACCUUAUUUAGACAUUAGGAAUUGAUGAUAUGCAUGAUUGCUUUAGGAAAUUGUGAACAACUCUCAAACGCAAUUUUGUCUUAAUAGCCUAUGUUGCUAUGUAAUAUAGCCCCAUAGAAAGGCUUUACCUCAUUAAGCAUAGGAUAUACUCAAGUGGUAAACAAGUUUUAUUUUCCAAAUUACCACUAGGGUUACUCUUAAGUAAAUGGUAUGGAAAAUACAGCUUUUAAAAAACAAUCUUAAGAAAAGUAAACUUUAUUUCCUAGAUACUAUGUAAAUAUUUCCAGGAUUUAGUUGUUAUUAGUAAAACAAACGAUAAUCUUUUCAUCUCACCUUUUUUUUUUUUUUACUAGUAGAAAUUCCAGUUAUUAACACUAUUACUUAGUAACUGUUUUAAGAGUGUUAGGAAGAAUAUGCUAGUGGGUAAAACAUACUUCACCCUUUGGAGGUUCUUCCUUUCUUUCAUGUGCUGUGUCAUUACAGAUCAGUUUAACAUAUGUGGUAAAAUUUUGCUCUCCUACAAAUUAGCAUAUCUUAGUCUUAGAUCAUAGAAGAACCAGUAGCUUAAUAUUUAUCUAAAAUUGAAACAGAAAGGAGACCUUUCAAUACAAGAUGUCACUGUUCUCUGAUUAGAGAAAGAAGAAAUAUACUCCAAGACAGAACAAGAGCAAAGCUCAGAAUCAAAAUGACACCAUGCUGUUAAUAACAAGCACUGGCUUAUAUUAACCUGUUUAGAUAACAAGUCUACAACUGACAAAAUACCAUUCGGUAGGUUGUUUCUCACUUUUCUAGACUUUGCAAAAAAAAAAAAUCAUAGCAAUGUAAAUUUGAGAAUAUAAUGAUUUAAGAACCAUCUUCAGGAUGCAGAGGUCAUGAGGGAGCAGAAAGGUUGAGUCAGGGGAAGAAUAGAAGAAAGGGUAUGUGAUAGGUAGGGUUUUAGUUGGGGGGGUGGUAGGGGAGGAAGGAAGGAAGAAGGGAACUGGGAUUGUCAUGUAAAUCAAUCUUGUUUCUAAUUCAAGUAAAAAAAACAAUAAAAAAAAAAAGAAUCAUCUUCAGAAGCACAGUAAAGGUACAUCUAAGCAGGAAAUGAAGGCUGAAUCAUUGUAAGUUCUUGGAGUUAUUUUCUUGUGACCUAAAGAUAUUGUCCCAGGGCCGGCAAGAUGUCUUGGUAAAGACACUUGCCACCAAGCCUGACAAAUUGCGCUCAGUUCCUGGACCCCCACAUGGUAGGAGGAGAAGAACAAUUCCUGCAAGUUGUCCUCUGAUCACAUGUAUGCCAUGGCAUUUGUGUAUGUGUAUGUGUGUGUAAAAGUGGAGAAAAUGAAAGAUACUGCAACAGAAUUGGUGACUGUGUGGUGGUGCUGAAAAAUCUGGUCUUAAAUUAGGUUGGUUUUGUUAAGGUACAAAUUGUCCUCUUGGAGAAAUGUCAUAUAGCCAGAAGGAAGGGUCAGAAAAGGU